UGUGUGUGUGUGUGCGUGUACGCGCGCGCGCAGGGGUGUCCCUGGGAUUCCACGCCUGCCGCGAGAGCUCCCCGCCAGGAUCCGUGUGUCCAUCCGAGUCUGCGCCGCGGUGAGGGUGCUCGCCCAGUCAGGGGCUCGGACGCCCCCCGCGCGCGGAGGGAGUUCGCGGGGAUUCCCUGGCUCCGCGCGCGCGGCUGGUGGGGUUCCCCGGGAAGGCGCCUGGGCGAGCGGGAGGCGGGGAAGCCCGGGCUUGUAAGUGGCUGGCAGGCCGGGAAUCUGGGGGCCGGUCUGGGCCAGCGCAGCGGCGCGAGACGCCGGAGCUGCCAGCCCUGCCCGCCCAGCCUCCCCGCCUUUCUCCCUUACGCUUCCUCCUUUCUUUUCUCAGCAGCAUCACAAAGGCGCGUCGCAGAAUGAAACCCAGUGCAGCGAGACCCGCUGUCUCCCACCCGGUGCAUAUCCCCGGUGGGCUGGAGGAGUGGAGUGGGGGUCCCCACAGUUAGGGGCCGGGGCUUACCCUGAGGACACACCUGUUUUCGACUCUUUUUGAAUUCAAGCUGGGUCCGGAUGGCGAGAGCGGUUCCAACACGUACACCCGGGAGUGUGUGUGUGUUGGCAUCUUCACUCCCGAGGGUGUCGCGAGCCCAGGCGGCGAGGACCGGGCGUCCCGGCGCGGCGAGGUGGGAUGCGGUGUAGACAGCGCUAAGUGCCCCCACGCUGGGCGCACUCGCUCCUGGCCGCGGGCCGAGCGGCGGCGUUGGAGGGGAUGAGCCCGGGACGCGCAGGGCGCCUGCCGCGAGCUACCGCCCGGAGGGGGACGCCAAGCAGGGCUCAUCGCAGGACCGCGUGGACCCCUGCCCCGCGCAGCGCGCGGCUGCGGAGCCUCGGGGCCACGCGUGUGGUCAGGAUGCUCGGGGCGCCUCCCCGCUGGUGAGGAUGCCCUGCCGCGCGGCUCUGCUUCCCCAGCCCCGGUCCCAGGUGGGCACGACUGAGCCGGCCCGGCUCCGGCCCCUCGUGCCGGCGGAUGAAAAGCGCCCGAGUCCUUGGGUGCGAUCAGCGACCGAAUCCGAAUUCUGAGAGCCAUGGACGAAGGUACUGGACUGCAGCCCCAGGCGGGAGAGCAGCCGGAGGCGCCGGCCGCGGCAGGAGCUGUCCAGGAGAAGGGCGAGCCGGAGACCUCCAGGUCCCGGAGUUUGCCUGCCCUGAGCGGCGCCUCCUGCCGGCCGCCCCUCAGCCCCGCGCGUGCGGGCGCCGGGCCGGGCCCGGGCUGUGCGGACCCUUCGGGCCACGAGGAGUUGAAGCCAGGCCCGAACCUGACGGCCUCCAGCCCCUCUGAGCCGUCCACGUCGGCGGGGACGGCCGGGCUCGUGGACCGUGACCACAGGGUGGACGCCAGCAAAACCGUGUCGGUGUCGUCCACGCUGGCCGCACUCCGGGAGAGAAGGUGCCUCUACGUGGUCCUCACGGAUUCCCGAUGCUUCCUGGUUUGCAUGUGCUUCCUGACCUUCAUCCAGGCGCUGAUGGUCUCCGGGUACCUGAGCAGCGUCAUCACCACCAUCGAAAGGCGCUACAGUCUGAAGAGUUCCGAGUCGGGGCUGCUGGUCAGCUGCUUUGACAUCGGGAACCUGGUGGUGGUGGUGUUCGUCAGCUACUUUGGCGGCCGGGGUCGGCGGCCCCUGUGGCUGGCCGUGGGCGGACUGCUCAUCGCCUUCGGGGCUGUCCUCUUCUCCUUACCUCACUUCAUCUCACCUCCCUACCAGAUCCAAGAGCUGAACGCCUCGGCCCCAAACGACGGCCUGUGCCAGAGCAGCAACUCCACGGCGACUUUGGAGACUCCGGCCUGCCCCAAGGACUCGGGAGGAAAUAGUCACUGGGUCUACGUGGCCUUAUUCGUUUGCGCACAGAUUCUCAUUGGAAUGGGCUCCACACCUAUCUAUACCCUGGGACCAACCUACUUAGACGACAAUGUCAAGAAGGAAAACGCAUCCUUGUACCUAGCGAUCAUGUAUGUCAUGGGAGCACUUGGCCCUGCAGUGGGAUAUUUAUUAGGUGGACUUCUUAUUGGCUUUUAUGUUGAUCCGAGAAACCCUGUUCACCUUGACCAGAACGACCCCCGUUUCAUUGGAAACUGGUGGAGUGGAUUCCUCCUUUGUGCCAUUGCAAUGUUUCUUGUGAUAUUCCCAAUGUUUACUUUUCCAAAAAAGCUUCCACCUCGACACAAGAAAAAAAAAAAGAAAAAAUAUUCUGUUGAUGCUGUUAGCGAUGACGACGUUAUGAAGGAGAAGCCAAACAAUAGCGAACAAGUGGACAAAAAAGUUUCUUCUAUGGGAUUUGGAAAGGAUGUCAGAGACCUACCAAGAGCAGCUGUCAGGAUCUUAAGCAACAUGACAUUCCUUUUUGUGAGUUUGUCAUACACAGCUGAGAGUGCCAUUGUAACUGCUUUCAUUACCUUCAUUCCCAAGUUCAUCGAGUCACAGUUUGGUAUCCCAGCUUCCAAUGCCAGCAUCUACACUGGUGUUAUUAUUGUCCCCAGUGCUGGUGUUGGUAUUGUCCUGGGAGGCUACAUCAUAAAAAAAUUGAAACUUGGUGCCAGAGAAUCUGCAAAACUAGCCAUGAUCUGCAGUGGUGUGUCUUUACUGUGUUUUUCAACCCUGUUUAUUGUUGGAUGUGAAAGCAUUAAUCUAGGGGGCAUAAACAUCCCUUAUACCACGGGACCGUCCCUCACCAUGCCCCAUAGGAAUCUGACGGGAAGCUGCAACGUCAAUUGUGGUUGUAAAAUACAUGAGUAUGAGCCAGUCUGUGGGUCAGAUGGAAUUACAUACUUUAACCCUUGUCUGGCUGGUUGCGUUAAUAGUGGUAAUCUUAGCACUGGGAUACGGAAUUAUACAGAAUGCACCUGUGUCCAAAGUCGACAGGUGAUCACUCCACCCACGGUGGGACAGCGCAGUCAGCUCCGAGUGGUGAUCGUCAAAACGUAUCUCAAUGAGAAUGGCUAUGCUGUGUCCGGGAAGUGUAAACGGACCUGUAAUACCCUUAUCCCAUUCUUAGUGUUUCUGUUCAUAGUCACUUUCAUCACAGCCUGUGCCCAACCAUCAGCCAUCAUUGUAACACUCAGGUCUGUAGAAGACGAAGAGAGACCCUUUGCGCUGGGAAUGCAGUUUGUUUUGUUGCGAACACUUGCGUACAUUCCUACUCCGAUUUACUUUGGAGCAGUCAUCGACACUACCUGCAUGCUCUGGCAACAGGAGUGUGGGGUGCAGGGCUCCUGCUGGGAGUACAACGUGACGUCGUUUCGCUUCGUCUACUUUGGUUUGGCGGCCGGCCUCAAAUUCGUGGGCUUUAUUUUUAUCUUUCUGGCCUGGUACUCCAUAAAGUACAAGGAGGAUGGACUGCAGAGGCGGAGGCGGAGAGAAUUCCCCCUGAGCACGGUGAGUGAGAGAGUGGGCCGCCCCGACAACGCCCGGACUAGAUCCUGCCCGGCUAUCAGCACCCAGGGAGAAUUCCACGAAGAGACUGGUCUGCAAAAAGGGACCGCGGCACAGACCUACCCGGGGCCCUUCCCAGAAGCAAUAAGUUCCUCUGCAGACCCAGGGCCGGAGGAGAGCCCUGUUGCUAUGUAGCAGCCUUCCUGAGGCUUGAAGACGGAAGAAUCUCGUUUUGUUGGUUGAGUUGAAUACGGCGACUUGAGAAACAACCGUGCCUUCUUUUCUUUCUUUUUUUAACCUCUGCAGACACAAUCCUCAAACCAACAAAACUCAGUAUACACAGCCACUAUCGAUUGAGGGCUGGAUACCUCAACAAGACUGAGAGCCUUCCACCUCGCCGCCCCAAGAUAGGGGGGGAGGUUAGAUAGAUUUGUUACCAUUUCCGCUAUGUUAAUUUUAAAAUUCAUGCUCCAGAGGUACAUGGUUAACAAAAUCACGGGAAGGGGAAUGGUGGUGCAUAUCAUUAGCGUACACUGCAGACACAGGUGAGCUUGACCAUGACUUUGCAUUUGCAAAUCAACGUUUUUAGAUAUGAACACCUACUGUGAGUUCUGCUACAAAGCACAAAUGAAUUUGCUUCAACUAUGCAAUUCGGUUGGAAAAAUGUUAAGUGCAGCAUGUUACUUUUUGCUUUCACAAAUACGGUUUUGAAAAGAGGAAGCUAAACUUUUUCCCUACAGUACUGUUAAUAGCAUUUUAAGCCAUAGCAGAGUUCUAAAUCAGGUAGAAUUUUCCAGAUGCUUCAAAGGAACUGUAUGCAUAGCAAGAUAAAAGGAACAGCUACUUCAUUUCAGGAGACACAUUUCUCUCUUAGUCUGAUCGCCCUGAUAUAAGGUAGUUAAAGAAGCUGCUGAAUCAUAAAUUUGAUGGCUUGAAUAUAAACUCUAGUAUACUUUCAUAAGGAGCUUUAAAACUAGUGUGCUAAACAAUAUGACUAGAAACUAUAGUUCGAGACGCAUCAUAAGGAAAGAAGCCAGUGGCUUUCUUAUUCAAAGAAAUUGCUGUAGAAAUUCCUUUAGUACUUAAGGGUCCAUGAAAUCGUUGGGAAAAGUCAUCCCUGAGCAUUUUAGCUGUAUCUUGAAAGCAGUGGCAAAUCUGCAUUGUUUUCUUUUUUUCUGGAUGGAAAAUCGCUGUGGUUGCUUCUGAAAAUGAGUAAUAACGUCAGGAAAGCUGUACUUGGGGUAUAAAAACCACUUUGCAUACAGGAGGAGGGAGAUCUGUGAGCUGGGUCGAGAAUAUAAUCCUAGUGAUGGUUGAAGAUUAUUUAAAAUAAACCAGUCUGUCAUAUUGAUUCCUGCCUUAUCAGAGUUAGAAUCCUGUUAUACCCCCCCCCACCCCCCUUGAUUCCCUCCUACUGUAACCUUCCAGUAGUGAUUCUUAGGGAGGAUUUUUCUUUGGGUUCAUUAUCCAUCAUUCUGUUCGGCACCUCCCAGCACAUCACUUGGACUUAGCCCCCACACAGAAUGCUUUUUGCAUGGUUCUUAAGAUCGAUGCCUCCUGGCAGCACUAAUGGACUGACAGCAAGUCAGCUCAUGGGAUCUGGCUGCAAGGGACCGCAAAGUCCAAAUACAGAUAUGGUUGUGAACUGUUUCUGGCGAGGAGCCCGUGCUUAUGUAGGGCUAAUCUGGGAAACGGCUUCCUCUUCUGGUUUACACUCAUCCACGCAACAAAUGUGAUUGACAGAGCGUUUUGUGAUUCAGGCUUUUGCCCUCCAUCCUCGCUUGGCUGCACAACUGGAAUUCUGUGAAUAUUCCUGGAUACAGGGCUGUUUUUCUCUCUUCCUAGGACGGAGAUUGGUCAACUAGAUCUCUUGGUUGCGUGCAAUUUAUGGAGAGGGUUAUCACCAUUAGACUGAAUAAUGUCUACGAUGGGUAGAAUUAGUGGUCUCAGGUGACAAGGACUUCCCUUUGGGCCUUGGGCUUGGCUUUCGGGGAGGUGAGCAAUCUUGCUUAGCUAAGGCUGUAAUUGCACUGGUGUCUGCUAGACUUUGGUCAAUGUCAUGGGUACUGAAGGUUGUCAGAAAACCUUGCUGAUUAACCCAGUGUCUGCUCUGGGGCCUCAGGGUUCCCCUUUACUCUCUAUGGGAGAUCUUUGAUCUUUAAGAAGAGAAAGUGUUCUUUGGUGAAGGAGCUAAAGAUGUGUAGUUUGGAGAGGGCUGGUGUUUUCUUGAUUUUCCUCUGAUCAUUAGGAUACUGCAUUGAGAGAAUUCUGGUGGGAUUGGCCUUUUUUUUUUUCUUUUUUUAAUUAAUAGCUAAAAUGAUUAGACUUGCCAGGGGUAAUUAGAGAGCCUCUCCCAUGCUCGUCUCUACCUUGAUCAGUCAUCCAUUUCAGCAACCAUUGGCCGAGCACCAGUUAUCUGUCAGGUGCCAUUUUACCUGAUUCCAAUCUGCCACUCCAUGAAAUCCUUUGGGAUGAUUAGACCAGAACUCAAAUUGGCCUAAAACAUGCACCACAAUGUUAACAUUGUACUUCCUCAAGUAUGUGCUACUUUUAAAUAGCAGGUAUAUUAUUGAUGUGUUGUUGGUGAAUAUAGACUACGUAGUAAAAAUUGUGAGAAAAUAAAGUUUUGGAAUAUGUACCAAUAAGAGUUGUUCCCAAAAUACUUUGGGCUAUGGUAGCAUCAUGGAAUAUUUCAUAGCCAGCUAAAGUGACAGUUUUAGAUGAUACCAUUUCAUUGUAUAUAUAAGGUCUUAGAUGUUUAUUAACAAAUAGGUCAUGUUGCUUUAUAGUCACAGCUCCUAUUAGAAGUUUUAAUUACCACCUUCCAUGAGAUUAGGCUUCAAAUUACUUGUUUAGGCAAAAGAUCCUCUUGUUCCUUUAUAAACUCUGUAAAUGAAUAUAUUAUUUGGCUUUAAUAUGCAAAUAUAAUAUCCUUGAGUUCAGUCUUGUUAAUUUAGAAACUCCCAGAGGGUGGGAUGGGUAGUUGAAACACAUUCUUUUGGUUAUUUUCAUUAGCAUGAAAUCCUUAUUCUUAAAUCCUUUAAGAUUUAAGUCUUAAAAAUAGUCAAAAGUUAAUCAAAAGUUAUUCGGAAUCAAGGUAUGGGGGAUGAGGAGAAUAGAGGAGCAGAGAGGAAACAAAUUAGCAUUUGUUGAGUGUUGACUGUUUGCAGAGCAUUUUGUCAAGCACUUAAGCAUCAUUCAUUUCAGUCCUCUUAAUAACCUUGCAAAGAUUUUAUUCCUUUUUUUUUUUAAAACAGAUAUGAAACAAUGGCUCAGAGAGGUAAAGUAACUUGUUUAGAAUUGUACAGAAUGGCAAAGAUAAGGAUUCAGAGAUAAGUUUCCCUGCCUCCAUUAUUCACUGCUUAUGCUACAUAAUACAAACAGUAGUUUUUGAUUGACAAAGGCAAGAUGUGACUAUACAAUGGUAAAGUUAAAGCAUUUCAUUUUUUGAUGUAUUGCUGUUUCUGAGGAGUAGAGAAGUUACUUUUUGUGUGUGUAAACAGAAAAAAA